GGAGUUUUGAUGCCUUCCCCUCUUUUGUCAAGAGGGUCAAAAUGCUCAGGGCAUGGUAACCAGUUAGGUAGCCAUUAUGUCGUAAAAUACCGAUGUAACCCUGAAUGAUGAAAUAAAAGGUUUUAUGUGUUUGUGUCUAAUGUCUAUGUGGAUGGCUUAACUUUAACUGUGCGCGCAUGGCGGGAAUAUCACCCAUUAUUGAAGAAGAAGAAGAAGAAAUAGUCAUGUUCAAUUCAAU